AUGGAAGAUUUAGUCGACGCGCACAACGCGUCUACAGAGCACUUAAAAUCACUCACAGACCAGAUCCAGAGAUGUGAAGCAAAACUCAUGGAUUUGGAAGAUCGCUCCAGAAGGAGCAAUAUCAGACUGAGAGGCAUCCCAGAAACGAUCCUCCCGGCGGACCUACCCAGUUAUAUACACAGCUUCUUCAAGCUUCUGACACCAGAAAUACCCACAGACAUGCUGCUGCUGGACCGCCUGCACAGGGUCCCUAAACCUCAACAUAUUGCCACGUCCUUACCCAGGGAUGUGUUAUUGAAAGCACACUACUUUCAUGUUAAAGACCUCCUGAUGAAGAGAAGUAGAACCGUGAAAGACCUACCGGCCGAAUACACCAGUAUUAAAAUGUUUUCAGAUCUUUCCGCAGCCACCCUGAAACAACGGAAAACCUUCCAACAGGUGACAGAAACUCUACGCGCCAAUCGUAUCCUGUACCGCUGGGGCUUCCCUGUCCGUCUGAUCGUUUCGAGAAAUGGAACCACCACCGCAGUACAAACGGCAGAAGAAGGCAUACUCCUCCUGCGCCAAUGGAACCUAACCGUCAUAGGCGACACGCAGGCCCCGAAACCACCGAGACAAGUGGUCAAGGACUGGCACAUCGCCGACUGA